UACGAGAAUUAGACGAACUGUACAGACGCAAAGUGAAAAUGUCUGCAGAGGCAACAGGACAUUGUUACUGUGGAAUACCGGAUAUUACAAGUACAUACUACUUCUCCUGUGAGAAAUGUAAAAGAAAGUUUCAUGAAGAAUGUUUGAAGAGUGGUCCAGCAUCAGCAUUAAAGGGAGACUACCUGUAUCGUUUCAAAUGUGAGAUGUGUGGAGGUGGCGAGGAAGAACUAACACGCAUGAGGCUCCAAUGGGUGCAAGUAGUCCACCUAACAUUGUACAAUCUACAGCUGGCGGGGUCAGGAAUGUGUGGAUAUUUCAGAUGGAAGGAACAUAUCUGUACAUUCAUUGACAAUCACUGGACUACUUUCUUUGGAUCUCAAAGAAAGAAGACCUCACUAUGGCAUGGUACUGUAGCUGGUGUGUUAUCCCAGGGAUGUCCAGCAAUCUUUGUGUCUGGUGCCAAUGAACUGAAGGAAAGUGGGUGGUGGCGACUGAAGGAAUUGCAGCCCCCAAAUCCUCAUAAACAAAGUAUAUUCAUUGAUUGUAAUUAAACCAUUGAAAUAUAU